UCUCUCCUCUCUCACAAACAUAUUUUCGGUCACUUUCUUUAAACUUCUUGUACUUCUGUUUUUUUUUCUCCUCCUAAAAGUUGCAACUUUCUGCAUCCAUAUCUCUUCUCCAUCAUGUCCAACGACCAUACCUCCAAGAAAAAUCUACCAAAACUUCAAAGCCUUCAAUUCCCAAAUCCAAAGGAACAGCAAGAUCAUGAUGACGAAGGGUGCCGGACUCCCACUUCCGGUGACUUCAAAAUUCCGACCGUCCAGAAAAAUCUACCAAAACUUCAAAGCCUUCAAUUUCCAAAUCCAAAGGAUCAGCAAGACGAUGACGACGACGACAACGAAGGGUGUCGGACACCCACUUCCGUUGACAGCAAAAUUCCGACCGUCCAGAGCUGCCCUCCCACCCCUCGGAAACGACCAGGAGUAUUUGUGAACAAGAGGAAAUGGACAGGUAAAGAGUUGCACUUCUUUGAAACCACAAGGCGUGAAGAGUUGGAAUCCUUCUUUCAAUCAAGCUUCGAAUUUCCUAGGAUCAACUCUCAUGCUGUUAAGAGGAGAUGCACAAGUGUCUGAUAUAUAUAUAUAUAUAUAUAUAUAUAUAUAUCUUUCUCUAACUAUAUAGGUUUGUUUCUUAAUUCCUAUAAAUUAUCCAAAUUACAAUUUCUUCUUAAUUAUGUAGUUUCCGUUUAAGUACUUAAUAUUGUUCUUCUUCGAUGUAUCUAGCUAACACCUAUAUAUAUAUAUGUGUAAUCUUGAUUGAAUAAUGAUAAUCAGUAAGUUUAAAAUAACUGUGAUCAGCAAUUCCAGAUGGUAUGUAACAUGACAGCAUGAGAUUGUUAGUU